AUGACUCAUCCAUUUUAUAUUUUUGAACUUCGCACUUAUUUAGAUACUGCAAGAGGUGCUUUCUGGCAUAUUACUGACAUUCACGUUGAUCGUAAUUACUCCAGAUAUGGAAAUAAAGAAAAUUUGUGUCACGAAGAAGAAACCUCAAGUGGCACUGGAAAGAGACACCCUUCUUCGGACAAUGGAAUGUACGGGAAUUUCUUGUGUGACACUCCGUGGCUUCUCUUGAAUCUAACAGUAGCAUCCAUGUAUACGAUCAAAGUCCCUGAUUUCAUUAUAUGGACAGGAGAUAAUAUUCCUCAUAUAAAGAAGGGCCUUUUAGAUUGGAACGAAAUUUAUGAGACUCAGAAGAAUAUAACCUUGUUAUUGAAAUCUGUGUUUUAUAAAACACCCAUUUUGCCGAGUAUCGGUAACCACGAUACUUUUCCUCCCUAUAUCUUGCCAACUGAUAACUCGUCUUUCGCCAUAUACAAAGGAUACUUGGAAAAGGGUGGUUGGAUGGAAUUACUUAGUGAUACAGAUACGUCUACUUUCGAGAAAGGAGGAUAUUACAGCAUGUUAGUGAAAGAAAGCCUAAGAAUAAUCAGCUUGAAUACUAUUUUAUGGAAUUAUCAAAAUAAACUAACGGAAAACAUAGAAGAUCCGGCAGAUCAGUUUCAGUGGCUGGAAGAAACACUGCAAAAUUCUUCUGUUAAUUCAGAAAAGGUUUACAUUAUUGGUCAUAUACCACCGGGAUACUCUAAUAGAGCUCCUCCAGGACAAAAAGGCUUUCUGUUGUAUCAUCCUCAACAUUUAGAAUUCUAUCUUAAAAUAAUUUUUAAUUACUCUAGCAUUAUUGCGGGACAAUUCUAUGCACAUCUCCACGCUGAUAUGUUCCAGCUUUUUCGGAAUGGAUCAGAAGGAGAAUUUAUAAGCUCAUCCUUACUGGCACCAUCUGUUACUCCUUGGUAUGAAGGCAGUGGGCAAAGUGUCAGUCUUCCUAUCAACCCCUCUAUACGGCUGGUGCAUUAUUCUUUUCCAGAUUUUAAACUCUUGGAUUAUAAUCAAUACUUUUUAAAUCUGAUCAAAGCAAAUAGUGAAAAAAGUAAUGAAACUGCUAUGUAUGAGCUUCUCUAUUCUUUUACUACAUUCUUUGGAGUGAAGGAUUUGACUACCCAAUCACUUGUGAAACAUUACCAAAGACUGCAACGAAGUUCCUUGUGGUUCAAUGCAUUCUUCAAAUUUCUUACUGCCGGCAUGCAGACUGCUGUUUGCGAUAAAACUUGCAAAGUUGCUCAGCUUUGCGCGAUAGCUGCCAGUAGGCCAGAUGACUACGACAAUUGUUGGCGCGUAGCUGAAUCUUUAACUACCAAUCAGCUUACAAUUUCAAAGAAUUCUAUAAUUAUAUUUAUUGGCAUAUCUGUAAUACCUAAUAACAACUGUUUGUUGCAAUGUGCAGCAGUUUGCACUGAUGUUUUUGUUGCAUCAUUGGUAAAAUGA